AUGAUAAAGUGGGCAAUAGCAUUGGGUGAGUUUGACAUUUCCUACCAACCAAAGCCAGCGGAGAAGAGCCAAGCAGUUGCCCAUUUCAUCGCCGAAUUCACAUAUUCUGUAGACAUUUCUCCUAAGCCUGAGGCACUGGCUUCAUUGCCCUCAGAAGCUGGGAAAGUAAAACCAACUUUCCCAGUAUGGACUCUGUAUGUUAAUGGUUCAUCCAACCAACAGGGUUGUGGAGCAAGAUUAGUCAUCAUUACACCCGACAAAGUGGCAUUGGAGUAUGCUUUCCGUUUCAAAUUCAAGGCGUCAAACAAUGAGGUCACGAACAACUUUGAUGAUAAGGAUAACUUCAUGGCAGCAUUUCUUGCACAGACACAACUUUUGCUCAAGUACUUCCACUACCAGAUCACCCAAGUUCCUCGAGUAGCAAACAGUCAUGCAUACGCCCUGGCUCGCCUCGCUUCAGCAGUUGAAGACAAGAUCGGAAGAAAAAUUCAUGUUGAAUUGUUGGCAGCACCGAGCACCAUGGUUGUGGAACUUUUCACUCCUAUAAUCAGCCCUUGGCCUUUCACCCAGUGGGGACUUGAUUUGAUCGGCCCAAUGUCUAUGGGGAAGGGCAAGUUUGACAAUAAAAAGUUCAGGAUUUUCUGUUCUAAGUUCAACAUCAACUUAUGUUUUGCCUCCCCAGCUCAUCCUCAGGCUAAUGGGCAAGUUGAGGCCAUCAACAAGAUGAUCAAGCGCACUUUGAAGACCAACUUGGAUAAGGCUAAAGGCUAUUGGCCAGAACUUGUACCCCAAGUUCUUUGGUCAUAUCGUACUUCGUAUCGGACUUCAACAGGAGAAACUCCAUUCUCGCUUGCCUUUGGUAUAGAGGCAAUUGUCCCAAUUGAGCUUGAGCAAGCAACACACCGAGUCCAGAACUACAUGCAAAGUGAAAAUAAGAAACAACUCACCCUCAACUUGGAUCUAGUCGAGGAACACAGAGAUCAGGCUCACUUGAGGAACGUUGCUUACAAGCAGCGCAUUUCUAACUACUAUGACUCUAGGGUCAAACUUCAUUCUUUGAAAGUGGAGGACCGGGUAUUAAAGAAAAUACUACUUUGCAAUAAAGUCCCAAGCGAAGGCACACUCAAUCUAAACUGGGAUAGACCAUUUGAAGUUGUUAGCAUCAGUUGCCCUAAUUCCUAA